CGAAUUAAUUUAAUAAUUGCGCAGCUUUCCCCCACGGUUGAAUCGUGGGUGUAGAGGAAACAUCUACUACGUUCGAUUUCCUCUAUUACCCAACCAUAUCCAGUAAAUUUUCAACCGCUACGACAUAAACUUUUUUAUAUAUUUAAAUUUUUGAAAAUAUUGUGAAAAUUUUUUUUUCCCGAUAUAAUGAAUUUUUUUUAUGAAGUGAUUCUUCGAUUCCACUUCUGAUGGAUUUAGGAUUCGAUUUGACUUUGGAAAAUCCCAAAGAAAAAGCCGGUGUGUUCGCGAAAUUAUUUUUCGGAUGGGUGGUACCACUGAUAAAAAAAGGUGUGAAACAAGGUUUACAAAUAGAAGAUUUAUACAAAUCGUCGAAAAAAGACAAAUCUCAAAAUUUAACCGACGCCCUCCAAGUUUAUUGGGAAGAUGAAGUUCGCAAAUCGCAAGAAAAAAAAACUAAACCGAAUCUGAUGAAAGCCCUUUUCAAACAAUUCUACAAAGAAGCUUUUAUCUACGGGUUCAUGUGGUUCUACACAAACGUUAUCAUCGUAUGUUUGAGACCGAUAAUUCUAGCGGAAUUGAUCAAAUUAUUCGCCGAUAAAAACGUGGCGGAUAAUUACGAAAUAUACGUAUACAGCGUGGCUCUAAUAAUCGUUUCGUUUCUUUCGACUAUCACGCUUCAUCACGUGAUUUUCGCCAUGCAGGCGAUCGGAAUGAGGGUGCGGAUCGCUACGUCUUCGUUGGUUUACAGAAAAGUUACUAGAUUGAGUCAAAGGUCUUUGGGCGAAACACCCGCAGGCAAAGUUGUCAAUAUACUUUCGAACGAUUUGAGCCGGUUCGAUCUGGUUUUUCCAGUGAUUCACGCUCUAUGGGUGAUGCCUUUCCAAGUUUUGGUGAUAUUUUUGAUAAUUUGGCAACAAGUAGGACUAGCGGCGGUAACUGGGGUGGCUACCAUGGUGGUAGUUACGGUUCCUAUACAAGGAUUUUUGACAAAAUACGUCGCCAAUUUACGCGACAGCGUCUCCAAAAAAACCGAUAGAAGAGUGAAAAUCAUGAGCGAAAUAGUAUCCGGAAUGCAAGUGAUCAAAAUGUACGCCUGGGAGAAACCUUUCGAAAAAUUAGUGAAAACAACUCGAACCAAGGAAAUGAAAGACGUCAAUUCAGCUUCGAUCCUCAGAGGAAUUUACUCGAGCUCCACCGUUUUCUCAGACAAACUAUCAGUAUUCACGACUCUCCUAACUUACGUAUUACUCGGUAAUAUCAUUUCCGCGGAUAAAGUUUUUUCCAUAGCUCAAUCCUUCGGUAUACUCCAACUAGCUAUGGCGGUGGUUUAUCCCCUGGCCAUAAGCACCGGAGCCGAAGCGCUGGUCUCCAUUAAGAGACUCGAAGAUUUCCUAACGCUCGAAGAAAAAGAAGAAGAAGAAGACAUCGUGCGCGCACCAAGAAACACCGGAAUAACCGUUUCUUACGCGGACGCUUCCUGGACGGACACGGGAUGCACUUUGGAGGACAUCAAUCUGCGUAUUCCUCCCGGGACACUGUGCGCUGUAGUAGGUCCGGUGGGGGCGGGGAAAAGUUCGUUAUUACAAUUGUUAAUAGGGGAAUUGGCAGCUCUAUCCGGCGGUAUUGAGAUCGGGGGGGAAAUAUCUUACAGCGCGCAACAGCCGUGGCUUUUCCAAUCGUCCGUGAGGAACAACAUCCUGUUCGGUAGCCAUUACGAUAAGAAUUUGUAUAAGAGGGUGGUUGAGGUGUGCGCCUUGAGGAAUGACUUCGACCAGCUGCCUCACGGCGACAGAACCAUCGUGGGUGAAAAGGGGGUUUCGUUGAGCGGAGGACAAAGGGCUCGGAUCAAUCUAGCCAGAGCUGUGUACAGGAAAGCGGAUAUUUAUCUGCUGGACGAUCCUCUGUCUGCGGUUGAUACCCACGUCGGGAAACACCUGUUCGAUGAGUGCGUGUGUGAGUUUUUGAAAGGGAAAACGAGGAUCCUGGUGACGCAUCAGUUGCAGUACUUGAAAAAAGCGGAUAUGAUUAUAGUCCUUAAUGGGGGAGUAGUUGAAGCGCAAGGUACUUUCGAUGAAUUAUCCGAAUAUAAUUUGGAUUUCACGAAAAUGGUAAUAGCCGCCGACGAAACCGACGAAAGCUCCGAAGAUACCAAUCCUCCAAGCUCGGAAGCAACCGAAACUUUUUUUCCAAUACCAGAAGAAGAAGUUAGAAGAUUUUCCAUGAGUUCUAGUACGAAAAUGUCUCUUUUAUCAAUAUCUGACAGUGAAGAAUCUGAAACAACCGAUAAAAUAACUGAGGAGAAAUCGGGCGAUGGGCCUAACAGUAAACCGUUCAAAAAUUAUUUAAAAUCUGUUAAAAAUAAUACUUUAGUUGUUUUUGUUAUAAUUUUAUUAUUAUCUUCGCAAGCUUUAAUAAUCGGAGUCGACCAAUGGCUCACACUUUGGACUUCAGAGGAACAAAUCCGUCAUUCCAACUGUACCGUAUUCAUACAGCCAAACACGCAUCCCAAUAUUACGAAUGUCACAAUCGAUUUUAUUGAAAACAACCAUUUUGAUGGUACUUCCCUUAUAAAUCAUGGUACUUUCCAUAAAAAUAACUACCCUACCCAUAGAAAUAUCAAUAAUAGUCAUUAUUACUAUUAUAGAAAUAAUGAUAAUAACGAAAAUGAUGAAAAUACACCAGAUAAAAAAGAAGAAACUACUAACAAUGAUAAUAACAUUAUAAAUAACACUAAUAACGAUGAGAAUGGAGUGGAAAAACAUAAUGACGAUUUUCCUUAUAACGAAAACGAUUUAAAUGAUGAACAUAAGUACUUCGAUGGUAGUACCGUACACAAAAAAAGUUUCUUCAAUAAUUCUAACGAUGAUAUUAAAGAUAAUGAAAGUUUUAUUAAUAAAAAUGAUGAUAGUACCAUCCAUUAUAAUCAUUUGAGCAAUGAUCGUGGUAAUAGUACCAGAAUCAGACGUAAUUCGUUUGAUAUUGGGAGUGAACCUGGUUUUUACAGUAUCAAUAAUGGUAGUACCGAAAGUUGGAACAAUUAUUUGAAAGGAUUUGAUAACGAUGUUGAUAUUAUCAAAAAAGAAGACGAAAGUAUUAAAAAAUUAGAAGAUUUUAAUAAAAUUCAUGAAAAUGGUACCAGAAAUGACAAGGGUUCAUCUAGUAUCAAUGGUGGUACUACCAACAACCCGCGAAUCAAUUAUUUUGAUAACGUUAACAAAAAUCUUAAUAAAGAAAAUGAAAGUACCAAAGAUAAUAUGAAUUUUUUCAAAAAUUAUAUCGAUAGUACCAGUACAGAACCUGAUUUCUACAAUUUUAAUAUUGGUAGUACCAAAAGCGUGAAGAAUUUGAAGAAAAAUAUUGACGAUAUUGAUAAUAAAUAUGAUUUUAUCAAAAAAGAAGACGAAAGUAUUAAAAAAUUAGAAGAUUUUAAUAAAAUUCAUGAGAAUGGUACCAGUAACGACGAGGGUUUAUCUAGUAUCAAUACUGGUACUACCAACAACCCGCCAUUCAAUUAUUUUGAUAAAGAUAACAAAAAUUUGAAUAAAGAAAAUGGGAGUAUCAAAGAUAAUGGAGAUUUUUUCAAAAAAUAUGUCGAUAGUACCAGUACAGAACCUGAUUUCUACAAUUUUAAUAUUGGUAGUACCAAAAGCGUGAAGAAUUUGAAGAAAAAUAUUGACGAUAUUGAUAAUAAGUAUGAUUUUAUCAAAAAAGAAGACGAAAGUAUUAAAAAAUUAGGAGAUUUUAAUAAAAUUCAUGAGAAUGGUACCAGAAACGACGAGGAUUCAUCUAGUAUCAAUAGUGGUACUACCAAUAACCCGCGAAUCAAUUAUUUUGAUAACGUUAACAAAAAUUUUAAUAAAGAAGAUGAAAGUACCAAAGAUAAUGGAGAUUUUUUCAGAAAUUAUAUCGAUAGUACCAACACAGAACCUAAUUUCUACAACAUUAAUAAUGGUAGUACCCAAAUCGAAAACAAUUUGAAGAAAUAUAUUGACGAUAUUGAUAAUAAGUAUGAUUUUAUCAAAAAAGAAGACGAAAGUAUUAAAAAAUUAGAAGAUUUUAAUAAAAUUCAUGAGAAUGGUACCAGAAACGACGAGGGUUCAUCUAGUAUCAAUAGUGGUACUACCAAUAACCCACGAAUCAAUUAUUUUCAUAAAGAUAACAAAAAUUUGAAUAAAGAAAAUGAAAGUACCAAAGAUAAUAUGAAUUUUUUCAAAAAUUAUAUCGAUAGUACCAGUACAGAACCUGAUUUCUACAAUUUUAAUAUUGGUAGUACCAAAAGCGUGAAGAAUUUGAAGAAAAAUAUUGACGAUAUUGAUAAUAAGUAUGAUUUUAUCAAAAAAGAAGACGAAAGUAUUAAAAAAUUAGAAGAUUUUAAUAAAAUUCAUGGGAAUGGUACCAGAAACGACGAGGAUUCAUCUAGUAUCAAUAGUGGUACUACCAAUAACCCACGAAUCAAUUAUUUUGAUAACGUUAACAAAAAUUUUAAUAAAGAAGAUGAAAGUACCAAAGAUAAUGGAGAUUAUUUUAGAAAUUAUAUCGGUAGUACCAGCAAAGAACCUGAUUUCUACAAUUUUAAUAAUGGUAGUACCAAAAUGGAAAACAAUUUGAAGAAAAAUAUUGACGAUAUUGGUAAUAAAUAUGAUUUUAUCAAAAAAGAAGACGAAAGUGAUGAAGAUUUCAACAAAAAUCAUGAAAAUGGUACCAGAAACGACGAGGUUUCAUCUAUUAUCAAUGGUGGUGCUACCAACAACCCGCGAAUCAAUUAUUUUGAUAAAGAUAACAAAAAUUUGAAUAAAGAAAAUGAAAGUACCAAAGAUAAUGAAGAUUUUUCAAAAAAUUACGUCGAUAGUACCAGCACAGAACCUAAUUUCUACAACAUUGAUAAUGGUAGUACCAAAAACGUGAAGAAUUUGAAGAAAAAUAUUGACGAUAUUGAUAAUAAAUAUGAUUUUAUAAAAAAAGAAGACGAAAGUAAUAAAAACUUGGAAGAUUUUGAUAAAAUUCAUGAGAAUGGUACCAGAAACGACGAGGGUUCAUCUAGUAUCAAUAGUGGUACUACCAACAACCAGCGAAUCAAUUAUUUUGAUAAAGAUAACAAAAAUUUGAAUAAAGAAAAUGAAAGUACCAAAGAUAAUGAAGAUUUUUUCAGAAAUUAUAUCGAUAGUACCAACACAGAACCUAAUUUCUACAACAUUAAUAAUGGUAGUACCCAAAUCGAAAACAAUUUGAAGAAAUAUAUUGACGAUAUUGAUAAUAAACACGAUUUUAUCAAAAAAGAAGACGAAAGUAUUAAAAAAUUAGAAGAUUUCAAUAAAAUUCAUGAGAAUGGUACCAGAAACGACGGGGGUUCAUCUAGUAUCAAUGGUGGUACUACCAAUAAUCCGCGAAUCAAUUAUUUUGAUAACGUUAACAAAAAUUUUAAUAAAGAAAAUGAAAGUACCAAAGAUAAUAUGAAUUUUUUCAAAAAUUAUGUCGAUAGUACCAGCACAGAACCUAAUUCCUACAUCAUUAAUAAUGGUAGUACCAAAAUAGAAAAUAAUUGGGAGAAAUCUAAUAACGAUUUUAAUAAUAAAUAUAAUUUUACCAAAAAAGAAGACGAAAGUAUUAAAAACAUUGAAGAUUUCACUAAAAAUCAUAAGAAUGGUGCCAAUAGUGAAGAUAGUUCUUAUAGCAUCAACAUUAGUAGUACCAAAAACCCCAAAUACAAUCAUUUUAAUACCUUCAACAACAAUUUCACCAAAGAAAAUGAAAGUACAAAAGACGAUAAAAAAAUUUUCAAAAAUAAUGGAUAUAGUACCAGUUCUGAACCUAGUUUCUACAACAUUAAUAAUAGUAGUACCAUAAACAAGAACAAUUAUCAUAGUAACAAAAACGAAAAUACCAAAUACAGUGAAGAUUUCUUCAAAAAUCACAAGAAUGGUACCAGUACCAUUAUAAAUAAUGGUAGUACCAAAAACGACAACAAUCAUUAUGACAACAAAAACGAGAAAAAUAUCAAAUACAGUGACGACUUUUCCAAAAAUAAAGUCAAUGGAAGUAGAAAUGAAAAUAAUGAUGAUGGUACUACCAAAAACGAGAAUAAUUAUUAUAACAACAAAGAAAACGAAGAUACCAAACACAAUGAUGAUUUCAUCAAAAAUCAUAUGAAUAGUACCAACAGUGAACCUAGUUACUACCAUAAAAAUGGUAGUACCUUGAACAAUAGUCUUCAUUUUAGCAACAAAGAAGACGGUGGUACCAAAUACCGUGAAGAUUUGUUUAAAAAUGACUACAACAGUACUAUCAACAACAAAUUUAAUAACAAAGCAAAUGAAGGUACCAAAUACCUCAAAAAUCAUAUGAAUAGUACCAGUACUGAACCAAGUUACUCCAAAAAUGGAAACAGCCACUUCAACAACUCUAAUAAGCCUAUCAUCGACAUGUUUGAUAACCAAAAAUCCACCAAUAACAGUUUUUCGAAUCUUAUCAAUAGUACCGAUAAUAGUACCGAAAAUAUCAUUAAAAAAAUCAUGAAAAAACUAAAUAUUCGUAAUAUUUUAUCCUUCAUUACAUUAAAUUUCAACAACAUGUACGACUAUGUCAUAAUAGACGGUUCUAUACAGAGGCUGAUCAAAACUGAUUCGGCUCUAUACAUUUACGGUACUUUAAUAAUUCUAGUGGUACUGUUAGUAUUAAGUAGAACAUUUUUAUAUUAUAUGUCGUGUACUAUGGCUUCGGAAAAUUUGCAUUCGAUCAUGUUCAAUAAAUUAUUGAAAGCUCCGAUGAGAUUUUUCGACACCAACCCGAGCGGAAGGAUUUUGAACAGAUUUUCCAAAGAUAUUGGGUGCAUAGACGAAAUUUUACCGAGGGUACUACUGGAUUCGGUUUCGAUUUUCCUUGUUAUGGCGGGAAUAUUGAUAAAUAUCGUUAUAGCAAAUCCAAUUAUGAUAAUAAUUCUUAUUAUACUUGGAAGUUUAUAUUUAAAAUUCAGAAAAUGGUAUAUGGCGACUGCCAAAACUCUUAAGCAUUUAGAAGGAAUCGCGAAAUCCCCUGUAUUUUCCCAUGUGAGUUCUACUAUUUGCGGAAUAGUUACCAUAAGAUCGUCCCAUUCAGAAGAAAUUUUGAUAAAUGAAUUCGAUCGACAUCAGGAUGUCCAUACUUCGGCGUGGUAUUUAACGUUGGCAUGUAUGAACGCGUUUGGUUUAUGGCUCGACUUGAUUGUACUAAUUUUUUUGGCUAUAGUUACCUUUAGCUUCGUAAUUACAGCAUCUUUCACAAAUGUUAAUGGUAGCAUGGCAGGUUUGGCAAUAUCGCAAUGUAUGGUACUAACCGGUAUGUUACAAUAUGGAAUGAAACAACUGGCAGAAGUUAUAAAUAAUUUAACAAGCGUAGAAAGGGUUCUGCAAUAUACUACUCUAGAUAACGAAGGGCCGUUCGAUACACCAAAAGAGAAAAAACCAAAAGGUACUUGGCCGAGAAGGGGAAAUAUAGAAUUCAAUAACCUCUAUUUGAAAUAUGUCGAGAACGAACCACCGGUUUUGAAAAAUUUGAAUAUGAUAUUCAAACCUGGAGAAAAGAUUGGUAUAGUAGGACGAACCGGAGCCGGGAAAUCUUCUCUAAUUUCCGCUCUAUUCCGAUUAGCUCCAUUGGAAGGUUCUAUCCUGAUAGAUAGAGUCGAAAUACAAAAUUUAGGACUGACGGAUUUGCGAAAGAAGAUUUCCAUAAUACCCCAAGAACCGGUUUUGUUUUCCGAAACUCUACGAUACAAUUUGGAUCCUUUCGGCGAAUUCGACGACGACAAGAUCUGGGACGCGCUAGAAUUGGUCGAGUUGAAAGAAAGCGUGGAUUCUUUGGAUUUCAUGGUAGCAGAAGGCGGCGCCAAUUUCAGUCUCGGUCAAAGGCAAUUGAUCUGUUUGGCGAGAGCUAUUUUGAAAGACAACAAAAUCUUGAUACUGGACGAAGCUACAGCCAACGUAGAUCAAAGAACCGAUUCUUUGAUCCAAGCGACGAUACGUAAAGCGUUCAAAGACUGCACGGUACUGACCAUAGCGCACAGAUUGAACACCAUCAUGGAUUCCGAUAAAGUUCUGGUGAUGAGUUUCGGUAAUAUGGUGGAAUUCGAUCAUCCCCAUAACCUUCUACAAAUCGAAGACGGUUAUUUCCAUAAAUUGGUGAUGGAAACGAGUCCAACUAUGGCGCAAGAACUCAAAAAUACAGCUCAGAAGGCUUACCAAAAAUAUAUCACAGAAAACGAUUGAUUUACUAUUUUAAUAAAUUAGAUAAUGAUAAAGAA